CAAGCCCCCACACAGGGCCCCUUGCCUUGGUGUCCUCAGUACCCUCCCAAGACACCCCAGGUGCCUCUGAGUUCCUAACUACCAGAAGUCCCAUCUCACCAUCAAAGAAGACUCAGAUCAAAAAUGUUGAAAGAUUCACGGAAAUCCUUGAUCCCCAGCCAUGGGCAAAAGGUGAAGGUGCCGCCGGCGCCAUUGUCCCGGAACUGGAAACGGGACCGAGAACAGUCUCUGGAGAAAGCUUAUGUACCAGUGGUGGUGGAUCCUCGGGGGCAGAACCCAGACACUAGUAUCAGGUUCAGAUUCUACAACUCACAGUAUUCCAACUCUCUAAAUCCCUUCUACACCCUGCAGAAGCCCACCUGUGGCUACCUGUACCAAAGAGAAACCGACCACACCCGCAAGCGCUUUGAUGUUCCUCCAGCAAACCUGAUCUUGUGGCGCACCUAGGUCCAUGGCAUCUGGAAGUCCCCACCCCCCACCUUCAUCCUAUGGUCCUGUGUCCCAGAGGGAAAGAUCAUUCCUGCCUGGAGAAGCAGUGUAUGCCUGGACUAGCCAGGUAUGCUGUGACAGCUGAGGGAGGCCACUUCUCAAUAGUAAUAAACUUUGUCCUUCUUUUUCCUGGCA